AUGGAUUUCCCGAAGAAUUCCGUCGCAAAUUAUGUCAUUCCGUCUUCCUUACUCCUCGGAAUGCUCCUCUUUACCAUCUGGUAUUCCUCCGUCUCGAUUCCUUUCGCUCUUCUCUCCGACGGUCCCCAAUGCAGCCGCUACAAACAUAGUAGCGAUUUUUUUUCUGCCUCACCUCGAGACGAGCUUGAAUCGGCUCUGGCCGGAGCUUCAAUGGCGAACAAGACAUUGAUAAUCGCCGUCGUGAACAAGGCCUACGCCGAUCAAGAAACCGGCGGUACAACAAUGCUGGACGUGUUUCUUCAUAGCUUCUGGCUCGGAGAAGGCACUCGGCCUCUGGUGAAACACCUUCUGAUCGUCGCCGUCGAUCAGACGGCGUACGAUCGCUGCCGGUUCCUUCGCCUGAACUGCUUCCGGCUGACGACGGACGGCGUCGAUUUCGGCGGAGAGAAGCCUUACAUGUCGGAUGAUUUCAUCAAGAUGAUGUGGAGAAGAACAGAGUUCCUCUUGGAAGUUCUCAAACGCGGCUACAACUUCAUCUUCACGGACACAGACGUGAUGUGGCUUCGAAACCCAUUCCUGAAACUAAGUCCCAACAGAACGGAGGAUCUCCAAAUCAGUACCGAUGGCUUCUCCGGCAACCCAUGGGGGGAGGAGAACUUAAUAAACACCGGAUUCUACUUCGUCCGAUCAAACAACAAGACGGUGGCCUUGUUCCAGAGUUGGUACGACCUCAAGGAAAACUCCACUGGGAAGAAGGAGCAGGACGUUCUUCUGGAGCUCAUCCAUGGCGGAAUCAUCGGAAAACUCGGUCUCAGAGUCCGAUUCCUAGACACUCUAUACUUCAGCGGCUUCUGUGAGGACAGCCAGGACCUCCGACAGGUGGUAACAGUGCACGCCAACUGCUGUCGGAGCAUCGUCGCCAAGGUCGCCGAUCUUCGGACGGUGCUUGUUGAAUGGAAGAAGUUCAUAAAGUUGAGUGAAUAUAAGGGACUGGAGAAUGCCACAACGACGUUUCAGUGGUCGCCGCACUGGAGCUGUAUCAAUUCAUGGAAGCAGUAG